CAGUCACUCUUCGGCGCUCGCGCGGAAGGGUUUGUACGGUUUGCCGCCGCUCGGGUUUUCACGUCGGUCCCUAGCGGAGUAGUGUGUGUCGAGAGCGCAAAGAAUACAUAUAUCUCUCUGAUGCAGCGCGUUUCUUCUUCCUCCAAAGCCGUCCCCGGCGUCCUCGGUUGCCGUCUCUUUUGAUCUCUCGCGCGGUCGAUCGAGCUCGGUUUUCGCGUCGAGGAAGGAAAGUGAUAUACGUAUAUACACACACAUAUAUACAUAUAUAUAUAUAUAUAUAUAUAUAUAUUUACAUCUCUCUCGACAUAUACAUAUAUAUAUAUAUAUAUAAAUAUAUAUACACACACGAAAUAGAAAGAAAUAAAAAAGAAAUAUAUAUAUUAUAUCUACAUCUACAUCUACAUCUACAUCUACGAUCCAUCAAUAAACGUAUAUAUAUAUGUAAAUAUAUACGCGCGAACGCACGCGGAAUUCGGAAAAGCCGGCUUUUCAAAGAGGUAGUGGGGGUAGACGCGAUCCGCGCGUGUCUCCCAGUGUAUGACGUUUACGAGAACGUCGUGAGAGAGAGAGAGAGAGAGAGAAAGAGAGAGAGAGAGAGAGAAGGUGGAGGAGAUAUUUAAAAGGAUUAAAAGGAAAAUAAGAAGAAGGGAAUCUAUCUCUCUCCAUUUAAUUUUUUUUUUUGGUGUGAAAACAAUAACAAAGUAAUUGACUUCGUCGUCAUCGUCAUCGUCAUCGUCCUCGUCGUCGUCGUCUUCGUCGUCAUCGUCGUCGUCGUCGUCACGAGGACCGAACGAGAGAGAUUCUUCAUCGUUGUCUGACAAGGGACGAAGAAGAACGAGCACGGCUACAACGCUUCUAUCCGUCGCCGGCAUUUUGACGUUUGUUUCUACGGUGUCCUUCUCCUUUUCUCUCUCUCUUUUUCUCUUUCUCUCUCUUUCUCUCUCCCUCUUUAUCUAUCUUUCUCAUUAUUAUUAUUAUUAUUAUUAUUCAUUCCUCGAAACUGUUUUGGUUGAACGUUACGAGAAGAAAGUACAACACUCUCUCUUUCUCUCUCUCUCUCUCUCUCUCUCUCUCUCUCUCUCUUACUCUCUCAUUCUCUCUUUCUACUCUUUGCUCUCAGCUCACUGAUUGAUACGAGCCAGGGGCACACUUCUCGUCGCUCGUAUGAUGGAUACUGGCGCGAGUGACUCGUGUACGCGACGCCACUCGAAGCAGACAGAGCGUCGUCGUCGCGUCGUCGCACAGUGAAGUUUGCCCGCGCGUUCUAUCUCUUUCCUACAUCCCUCUUUAUCUAUCUAUCUUUCUCUUUCUUUCUAUCUGUCUGUUUGUCUAUCUGUCUUUAUCCUUCUAUCCCUAUCUUUGUCAUCCUUUUUCGAAAGAGUGCGACGCGUAAGGAAGUGUGUCAGCAUCGUAUAAAUCGUACUCUUGCCGCUCGUGGGAGUAUCGAUCGAAAAGGCAAAGAAGAGGAGGAGGUGGAGGAAGAAGAAGAAGAGGAAACGGAGGAGAAGUAGAAGAAGACGAAAAAGGAAGGAAAAGAGGAAGAGGAGAAAAGAAGAAGAAGAAGAAGGGGAAGAAACAAGCAAGCAAGCAGGAAGAAGUUACCGGGUGUUGUUUCUUCUUCGAUGUUACGCGCACGUGUGCGUGCCGAAACGUGCCGUUCCUAAUAACGUGUAGUAGUAGUUGUUGGUUCGUCUAAAAAAGAAAUAUAUACAUAUAUAUAUCUCUAUAUAUAAAUACAUACAUAUAUAUAUAUAUAUAUAUAUAAACGUGCGCGUGAUAAAGAAGAUCCGCGAUUACUCGUGCGACGAUCAGUGAUCGAGCAUCAAGUUUUGGUUAUUGUGCGUCGUAUAUAGUCGUCGUCAUCGUCAUCGUCAUCGUCAUCGUCGUUAUUUUCAUCGUUGCCAUCGUCGUUAUUUCUCGCAGCUAUUAGCUCUAGUCUACAAAGUCCUCCUUCCUUUUUACUUUUCUUAUUGUCAUUAUCUAUCUAUUUCUCUCACUCUUUCUCUUUCUCUCUCCCUUUUUUUUUUCUAUUUCCAUCGUUAUCUCCAUGUUCACCGUUGUGAUCGUCUACGAAACUUAAGCAAACUUGUUCUUCAAAGAACGACGAAUAAGAAGGAAAGAGAAAUAAAGUCAACACAACGACGUCACGUAACCAUGGAUAUCCUGCCGAGCGGGAACAUAUUUAGGGAGUUGCAGGACAUACACGAUACCGGAUACUUUUCGGCCCAGCCGUCGCUCGAGGAUCACUGGCAACAGGUAAGAGCAGGCAAUUUGCACCGGUUGAAUAUUUUCCAUCGCUAUUUCCUACAAUGGCGUCCAGCCAGCAGUGAGGCAACGAAAGGAUGAGAAGGGGUAGAACAAAAUGGGUGGGAGUAAAGGUGGAAGAGAAAGGACCUGGUGGAGAGUAAAGGAAGGGCUGGGGCUGCUCGAUGUUGACGAUGGCGGAAAGGAGAAGGCUAUGCUGGGUGGGCACGGGCUGAGGAGGGGGAGUUGGAAAACGGGAGUUGGAGAAGACGACGGCAACCGUAUAAGAACAGGGUUGAGAGCAAGAGAGAAUCGCAGACAUGCUACGAGAUGGAGAGGUACCUGAAGGACGAGCCGAAGUUACAAUCGUACAAAAAGUUGCCCACGGAAUUGGACACAGCACCCUGGAACCUUUUCAGGGCGCCACCUAUUUCGUGGACAGCAACAACCGGCACCGCCAAUUCACAAUUCGAGUCCCCAAUCAAAAUGGAGGUAACGACGUCGUCAGACGACAGAGAGACGCUUUGUCUGGAGGACAUCAAAUUUGGACCUGGCGAUCACAACCACAAUGGCCGUGAUAGGGAUCUCCUCGAUCGACACCUCGACUCUUUAUCGAUGUCAUCGGCUAGUUCAGCGUGUUCGGCGUUAUCUUGGGAUAGCUCGCCUUCCCUCUCGUGUACGACGCUUAUUCUUAAAAAGGAACCGAGCGAAGACCUAGAGGAGGAUGAGGAACACGAGGAAAUCGAGGAAGAAGAGGAUAGCGGGUGCGAGAGCGAAGGUCAGAUCCUGACACCGCCGUCGAGUCCAGGCUCGGGUCAAGGUCAUUCCAACUCCAGUCACUCGUCGAGCGGUAGUUCGAUGCUCGACGUGCACAACCUCAACCUUCAUGGGACGGGCGGUAGGAGUGCCAUCGUCAGGGUUACCACCAGCAACGCGCAGGGCGUCGCGAGACUAAUCUCCAUGACGGCAAAUGGCUUCUCAGCGGUCGCGAGCACACAACACGCGCACACAGGUGCGAGUGCAUCAGCGAGCACGGUAUCCAACAGGCAUCACGCGAGGAGCCACGAGCACAGCCCACCGGACACGAAGCGCAGGAUACACAAAUGCCAAUUUCCGGGAUGCAAAAAGGUUUAUACCAAGAGUUCGCAUCUUAAGGCCCACCAGAGGACACAUACGGGUGAGAAGCCGUACAAGUGUAGCUGGGAGGGAUGCGAAUGGCGAUUCGCUCGUUCGGACGAGCUAACACGUCACUAUCGCAAGCACACCGGAGCGAAGCCGUUCAAAUGUCGGCACUGCGACCGAUGCUUUUCUCGCAGUGAUCACCUCGCGCUCCACAUGAAGAGACACGUAUAAUCCAUCGUCUCACCGAGCGGUCCUCGAAGCCGCGCGGAAUGGCGACGGUCAACCGAGAGAAACGGCGAUAGAAAGGACGAAAAUAAAGAGAAGAAGAAGAAGAAGAAGAAGAAAAAGAAGAAGAAGAAGAAGAUGAUGAUGAAAAAGAAGAAGAAGAAGAAAAAGAAGAAGAGGAAGAAGGGGAAGAAGAAGAAGAAGAAGAAGGAGAAGAAGAAGCAGAGGAAGAGAAAGAAGAAAAAGGUGGACGAACGAAAAUGGCGUCGUCGAACGUGGCAAAAUGGGCAAGAUCGGGGACAACGAUGACGAUUCGUAGUCGUUAUCGCCGUCAUCGUCAUUGCCAUCGACGUUAUUUUCAACAAGGAGAAUGAGGAGGAGAAUGAAGAGGAGGAAGAGGAGAAGAAGGAAGAUUAGAGGAUUAUGAUGAUGAUGAUGAUGAUAGUAAAGAGGAGGAGGAAAAGGAGGAGGAGGAUCCUCGUAAGUUUUUCGCCUCCUAUCCGAAAAUUCACGUUUGUAUUAGAAAGAGAGUUGACAUAGUUAACAGAGUUAAGAGAGUAAAACAGUAAGAGAGUAAGAGAGAGAGAGAGAGAGAGAGAGAGAGAAAGAGAGAGAAAUUGAGAAAGAGAAUGUGUGCGUGUGUGUGUGUGUUUGUUUGUGUGUGUAUGUGUAUGUGUUUGCGCGCGUGCGUGCGUGCAUGCGUAUGUGUGUUCGCCUUUCGACUUGCAACGAGAGCGAAUCGAACAGCUCGCUUGAAAUUAACGAAGAAGAUUGUUCUUUCGAGAACGUUUCAUUAUACGACAACGCCGUUAGGAUAUUAAAAGAUUAGACGACGUUGUCCACUAAAACCCUACCUUCCUUCGUAUAAAUGGCCGCAACGACGAAGAAGAUAUUAUCCAUUUGUCUUUGUACUACUCAGAGAAAUCAUUCGUCAAAUCUUUUGAUGGCGAUAACGUGCUCUCGAAGAGGAACGAUAUCUCGUUAAAUCUGAAAAUAUUUCUAUUCGUACGUACAGCGUUAGAUGAUCCUUCCUAUUUUUAAAGCAAGAUUAAUAGAAGAAAAAGAACGAUAUAUGUUAAGGGUAGAUCGACGGUCGAGAAAUAAUCAUCGAAUGAAGAAGACACUUUCGUAAAAAAAAAAAAAAGAAGAAGAAGAAGAAGAUGAGGAAGAAGAAGAAGAAGACGAAGAUGAAGAUGAAGAUGAAGAUGAAGAAGAAGGAGAAGAAAUUUCUUAGAAGACGUACGUUUCCUCCCGCGCUAAGAUCGCAAGAUGAUCUUCGGCCUGAGACCGUCAAUCACUGCCAAUUAAUUACGUUCUAAAAUCCACGCGACCGUCGAUCGUGGAAUGAGAAAGAUGAGAAGAUAGGAAGGAAGGAAGAAAAGUAAAAUGAAAGGAAGGAUGGAAGGAAGGAAGGAAGGAAGGAAGGAAGGAAACGUGAAUGGAAGAGAUCUUAAUUAAAAAAAAAAAGGAGAGAGAGAGAGAGAGAAAGAGAGAAAGAGAGAGAGAGAGAGAAAGGAUGAGAAACGAGACAUUUACUAUUCUUAAAUAAAAACAUCUUGUGUAAGACGGACCGUCUGCCUCUUGCAAAAUGAUCGAAUUCAAUGUAUGUAUAUGUACAUAUAUAUACAUAUAUAUAUAUAUGUACACACAUAUGUAUGUAUAUAUGUAUAUGUACUACGUAUGUAUGAAUUGUAAACGCGUAAUUUCUCUAAUUCAACUACGAUGCGGAUCAGCCGUCUGUCUAUUGAUCGAUCGAUAUCCUACGAAUUUAUUUCUAUUGAACAAUAGAAUCCACACGUAAGUAAGUAAAAUAUUUAGAUCGUCCAACGCGCGAAGACGUUCUUUCGAUAAAAGAGGAAGGACAAUAAAAUUGCAGUCUGCUCUGGUGCCAAACGUUAUUUCCUUUGAACUUCUCAUUUUUUCGCCGUGAAGAAUUAACGAAAGAGAACGAAACUAAAAGAAGAAAAAAAAAAAAGAAAAAAAA